UGGACGCGCUGGGAAUUGAACUUUUCAAAGGAAAUAGAUUACAAAUGCAAAUUCUGUGUGACAGCGGCAAGUGCACCUCGUUAUCUGAAAACUUACCCUUAAUUCAAUUGAGGGAUGUAAUGAAAUUUUUGCCGCAGUUAAAAUACAUGUUAGCCGCAAACGAGACAACGAGCCCCGCGAGCAAGCGCGCUCGCAUCAGCUAGGAGGACGAAUUGAGGCAUUGUGUGGGACCGUGCAAUACGGGCUCGAUCUCCGCGAUGCCUCCGCAGCACUCCGACGUGUCAGCUUCCACGAUCGGUUCUCAACAGUUUCCAAAUCACCACAUCUCCAUGUCAAUCUCAAACGAGAAAUAUAUAUCAAUGAUUACUAAUGAAUUCAACAAAAAUCAGAUGCUAGCCAGAGACGUUAAAUCCGUUGCCGAAGCAACCAGCUCUUUCUACAGCCCUGAAAAAAGUUAUGAGGCUCUGGCCAGCGGCGCAAGCAUAUUAUCGGACUUAAUUGAGAACCGAAUAAAUCUUCCUGGAGAUGCUUCAUCCUAUUUGCCAAACGUUGGAACUGCUGAUAUAACAGAUACAUUGCAAACUCGAAAUUCUCGGAGUGCUAGUAUAUUUUCAAGAGCCAUGUCUUACGCGUCCUGUAGAUAUCAAGAGAACCAAGACUAUAAUUCGCCGAUCACAUCAUACAAUUCUUCGAAUUUAUAUGAUGCUAGAACUGACAAAGGAGCGUACAAUAAUCAUUAUACUGUUACUUCAUCACAUAUGCUAUCACCACCAGGAUAUCCAUCAUUGGACCCAUCAACAUUAGGUCGAAGUGUGAUGGGUUACAGUGGGCAAGGACUACAUGAAUGGCUCAAC